AAUUACAAUUCUUCGAGUGCAACGUCCACAGCGACACCUCUGCGCAAGUCCAGUGCAGUUGAGCUCGCACAGAACAUAGUCUUUUUGAGGCUAUAGCCACAUGUAACUGAAGAUCAUUGAAAUCAUCCCCAGUAUUAUUAUUAUAAUUCUUAAUUUCCAAUAAUGGAAGGUGGUGAAGAAGAUUACACUGCUGCUAAUGCUGGAGCUUCAGCAACCUACCCUGUACAGUGUUCCUCACUGCGUAAAAAUGGGUUUGUAAUGUUAAAAGCUCGCCCCUGCAAAAUUAUGGAAAUGAGUACAUCUAAAACAGGAAAGCACGGACAUGCAAAAGUACAUCUUGUAGGACUUGAUAUUUUUACUAAUAAGAAAUAUGAAGAUUUAUGUCCAUCUACACAUAAUAUAGAUGUACCUAAUGUUAAUCGUUGUGACUUUCAACUAAUUGACAUUAGUGAUGAUGGUUUUGUUACACUUAUGAAUGAUAAAGGUGAAACACGUGAUGAUCUCCGACUCCCAGAAGGAGAGUUGGGACAGAAAAUACGUGACGAGUUUGGUAAAGAAGACAUCACAGUAAUAGUUACUGUUCUGUCAGCUGUUGGUGAAGAAGCUAUUGUCGCUUGCAAAAAUGCAAGUUAAAUGAAUGAAUAAAAUAUAAACAUUAUUACUGGGAAGCAUUUUUUUUCUUCCUUGUACUUGCUUUUUUUAAAAAAAAUAUAUAUACAUGUAAUAAUUAAGCAUUCCCUGCUAAUUUUUUUCUAUUAUGCUUCUUUGAAAAAAAUUCAAACAAUUGGAUGGGGAAAAAACCCAAUAGAAGCUAUUGAUGUGCUCCUGGUCUUCUCUGCUGGGAGUUCUACACCUUGCUGCAAUAGAUUUUCUGAUCACAAUGGAUUCAGUUCUUGUGACUGAUAAUACUCAAGUUACUUGAAUAUGAAGUGUUGGGCCUCUUUGUUACUAUUAUCAUGUUUUUGUUACUUCAUUUUUUAAUGUUGAUGCAACAUAAUUUUUUAUAUUGAAGCAAAGUGAUGUGUUAUGAUUCUUAAACUAAAUUAUGCAUUCUGUCGAGAUUAAUAUUUAGAACUAAGCCUUCAACAAAAAAAUGUCUUCAUCAGUAAUAAAUAAAUUAAAUUGUGUUUUUGUAUUUUGUUACUUCUGAGUUAUUGUUAUGCACAGUUUUGUCUUAAGGUUGGUGUGGAUUAUUUUAUUUCUUGAAUACUAUUUAAGCACUUGUUAAAACUUCCCUGUCUUCGUAGAUAUGUCCUGUAAAAAUUAAUCACUGCCUUAUGACGUGCAAUGGGGACAUGUGUAUUUUCAUCAAAAUUUCUUGUUAUGUGAAUCAAUUUUCCUGUUAGACUUUCCCCAGUGCCUACUUCUGUUAUCCUGCUGGUCAUUUGUCAGUAAAAAUUUUCAAACAAUUGAUUGAAAGUUGAUUAAACCUAACUAAAAUAAGUAAUUAUAUUUUCUUAUACUGCUCAGCUUGUCAGACUAGAUGUGUCUGAAAGCAACUCAAGUUCUGUGUUUUUAAAAAAAGCAUGUAAUAUGAAACAAGCGUUUGAUUAAAUAAAGUGUCCUUUUUUUAGA